UGAUCAAGAUCAAGAUAUACAAUAGCUAUGGCGGCCGUAGUGCUGUGCCGGGGUGCGCUUCGGUCGAAUGUCACGGCUUUAUUUUUCUUGAGGAACUGUUCCUCGACAACUUACAAUGAAAGCACAAGAAGUGACAUGCCGGAUGUUAGUAACAAGCCCGAACCUGGUGGGUUCGCUAAGGCCUUCGCCAGGUACACUCAGGUCCCCACCGAGGAUACUCAACCCACCAAAUCCAAAACCUUCCUUUCCUUACUCAGGAAUAGUAAGCUGAUGCAGCUAGGAGAUCCACAAGGAAAAGUGGUCGAAGGAAGAAUCUUUCAUGUGGUUGGUGAUGACCUCUACAUUGACUUCGGGGGCAAGUUUUAUUGUGUUUGCUCAAGACCUCCAAAGAAUGCACAGAAUUAUGUACAGGGAUCCAGAGUUCGGCUGCGGCUUCAGGAACUUGAGUUGGCCACGCGCUUUCUGGGAUCUUCUUCAGACAUGACUCUUCUGGAGGCUGAUGCAGUGCUCUUGGGCCUGAUACAAACUACCAGAAGCAAAUGACUGCAUGUAAACUGCUGACUUAGCAAGCUCUCUGUACUCGUUGUUUCUUGGACUUUGGUGGUGGCUGCAUGGUUCAUAUGAAAUGACAUCCAGUAAGGCGUCCUGGGUCACCAGAAGCUGAAUGAUGGCCAGGUGCAGGCUGUUCCAAUAUACGUUUGCCCAGGAGCUGACGUAUUACUUCAAUAAUAAAUGUCUCUAGGUUACCUUUCUUCCCUGACUUUUGCAUGUGGAAUAUGUGUACAUUCAGCAUGUUAAUGUCCAAAAGAUGAAAGAAGAACUUCUUGUACCAUUUCAGUGUUUUGCAGGCACAAUCAAUGGAAGAAAUCAUGGCAUCUAACUUGUCAAGAAGUUGCAUGUUUACAUUGUAUUGUUACACACUCGGGUCUUAUGAUUGGUAGGUGUGUGUGUGGAUCCCUUUUCUGAGUAACAACCAUUGAGGGGUUGUGAAUUGUUGACAGGAGUGACCCUAUGUUUAUCUUUCCAAACAACAGAGAGGACGUUGUUUGCUUGUUUGUGGACUACAUCACCUUUGGCCACUAGAGGCUCAAUUACUGGCAUAUUUUCUUUUUGCCUCUUGACUGUCCUGCAGACACUUGUCUUCCUUGAUGAGAGAAACUCAAGAAGUUUAGGUGUUGUCUACUAUAUCAUGAAAUUAAUAAAGCAUUAAAAAGCUACUCCACAUUGGGUAUUGCAUCAAUAAGAGAAUUUGUUUAGUCUGGAAGAAAAAAAUAGCAAAGUCAUGCACAGGAUUUUAUUAUUAUAAAGCUACAGACAAAUACAUUGAAGUUUUCAAGAAAAUAAGGACUGGACUGUUGUUAAAAAAAGUCAGUCAAGUUUAUACAAAAGUUUUAAAGUGACCCUAGACAUUCUUAGAUAACUAUCUUGGAUAUGGAUCUUGCAUAAGCAGUAUCCAGUUACAUAUAGUUUUUAGUAUAAUCCUAAAAGCAUACUUUAUUACUUAAAAUUUGCAUAUGUUGAAAGUUUUGUAAACCAAAUGAGGAAGUGGAUGCCAUGUCCAUUCAUAUUGCUGUGGAGUGACAGGUGGUGCCCUCCCAGUAACACUAAGUAAACAGGACACCAACCCUAUGGAUUUACUUUUAUAUAUUAUUUUGAUACUAUGAAACACUCUUUAACAUAUAAAAGCUAUCAGAAACAAAUCAAUAUAUUCUGAGAUAACAUAAAAAUUAAAUAUAUAUAAUCUGUCAUAUAUAUCAAUCCAUAGGGUAUCAAUUCACAUUUAUAUACAGCAGCAUAGGAGCCAACACCAAUAAGCAGAUAUUUACAUCACAUACAAUACAUAGAGAAAAUUGGAUUAUACAUCAAUAAAACUCUUGAAUCCUUACAUUCCUAAACACACAUCUUAUGUGGCAAUUAGCAAAAGUUUUGUAAAACCUAAGAUAUCAUAAAAUACUUUGUACUAUGGAAUAAAAUAUCAAGAUACACUUCUCAGUAAUAUGAGGUCCUUGGUUUGCUUCUUGGCAAUGGUAUAAAAAUUGUUCAAUAUUUGUAUAGUUAGAUGCCCAAAAGUGUUAUUUUCUAUUGCAUAGGCAAUCAUGUGAUGCAUGGUAAAACAAAUGUUUAAUACAAAUGAAAGACAGGUAGUCACUGAAAUGUACAUGAUGCCACCACUCCUCCCUUGGACUCCUGACAGGUGAGGUAGACCUUCCACUACCUAAAAAAUUAUAUAACAAAGAUUUCUCAGUGUUACUUAAAUACAACUUAGUUCUUGAGUUAAUAUUCCUGGUUCUGGUAAAAUGUACUAUUAUACUGAUUGCUCCACCUCUUGGCCAGACAUUACUGACUUUCCUGAAGACUCUUCUUCUCUCUGCAAUUUUUCUUUAUAUAAAAAAUAAGUUAAUUAAACAUCAAGCAAUUCUACAUCCACUAAUUCUAUCACAUGCAAGAUUUUGGUCAGAGACAAAUGCGCACUCAAAGGCCAUGUUGUUUCAUGUUUUGAUAUUGAUGGUCAUUCUGUGGGAGUGUUUUGUCAUAAUCACUUAAGUUGGUCUCAUGGAGUUCUGAAUUUGUUUUAAGCCCCUCAUUGUUUUGGACUACAUAUAUGGCAACUGUAGCACCAGAAGUAAAGAGAGCCAUCUGUGUUUUAUGAUAUACAUAAUAUGUAUAUAUUAAAAUGCUAUGGUUUCUCCAUAGGUAAAUCUAACUCUAAGUAUUUAGAGAUCAUUAAGUUAUAAAAUCUAUUUAAAGCACUCUUAGUGGUAGCCACUGACACCACUUUUUUUUUCAGAGACCAAGAUAACAUUGGCCAGUAGGAAGUUACUGAUCUGAAGGUGGUGAAUAUUUAUACUAUCUUGUACUUCACAUCCUAAUAAAGGAAUGAGUACCAGUAUACCACUCACAGAAGUUUACAUGGAAAAAAGCAAGUAACUAAAGUAGACUAUAAUGCAUAUAAAACAUGGUUCUGAAAGACUCAUCAGACUGUGGAUUCUUAUGAACCUGUUUCAUCAAACUACCUGAAAAAAAAAAAUGAGCAUUUAAUAGCCUCUUGGUAUCUAUUUGUGUACUCUCAGUUAUAAUGAUAUGCAACUGAAAAAUAAAACUUGACAUCACAACACAAAGCUGAAUGAAUGUACCAUGAUAAAAAAAGGUGGCAGUGGUGUUGUUCCAACUUAAGUAAAAUGAGGUACAGUACAGUCAGCCAUGUCAAGGAAUCACUGCUGCCACAGCAUUAGGCAUAGCUCUUGCCUUUGAAGCAGCCAUCACACAAGUCCACUAAAGUAAAACUGUUAUGCAGUGGAAAAUCAAUAAGAGCAAUGUGAUUUCAGUAGACAGUAUUACCUGUACAACAUUAAUGAUAUACAGCAAAUUCAAUUAUGUGAUAGCAUUUUAUUACUUCCCAGCACAGAUGAUUCUGUUGUCACCACCAGUGAAACCUUCCAGGAAGCUUUCAGUGUUUGAAUACUAAAACAGUUGAAUGGACAUACUCCUCAAAACCAUCUAGAUAUGCAUGCAGUUGAUGGAAGUUUUAACUAUGACAAUGAUAUUUAACUAUGACAAUAAAUAUCAUGAAACUGUAGAGACUGGGUCUGCUAGUGGGAUCUGAGUUACUAUGCCGAGAAAGGACUAUUGUCAGCUGUCAUCAUGGGAAAUUUUUUAGGAGGCAACUUUAGCCACUAAUAAAUUUAUUCAGAUUAUAUAUUUUCUCAUUCAAAUUAAGUGAAUUUGCUAAAAUAAGCAUGGCUUCUGCAGGAAGAAGUGAUUAGGGCAGUGAUCUUGUAUUUUUGCUGUUUUUAUUUAUUUUUUUAUUAUUUUUUUAUUUUUUUUCAAAACUAUUUUGAGAAUUUUGAAACUUAAAAAAAGUAAAGGUGAUCUAGUACAUUUCAUGCAGCUCACAAUGUAUUUACCUAGGUAGUGUUUUCCUAGUUGUGGCAUGAAGGAAAUCAGCUGUACUUGUAUUGUCUGUCUCCAUGUCUACUAGAGAUAUGAUGAUAGGAACUGCAAGUUGUGUCAUUGCACUUGGGCAACCUAUCUGUCAACAUAGUUUAAGUGUGUGUGGAACUGCAAGUUGUGUCUUUGCUCUUGGGCAACCUAUCUGUCAACAUAGUUUAAGUGUGUGUGUGUCUGUGUGUGUGUAUGUGUGUGUGUGGAAUAUACUAAGUAAUAAAGGUUGUCUUUGUCUUUGCUAGUGGGUGAUAUUAUCUAAAAACAUUACAGUAGUAAGUAAUUUGGUGUUUUGUUAAUAAAUUAGCAAGGUUUGUCUUUGUGCCUUGUACACACUAGCUGGAGAGAGAGAGAGAGAGAGAGAGAGAGAGAGAGAGAGAGAGAGAGAGAGAGAGAGAGAGAGAGAGAGAGAGCAUGGCUGAAGAUAGCACCACUCGUGUGGCCUAUUUGUGUUUUUUUUUAUGUUUUUAAUUGUAUUUUUACAUUGGAAAUAAUUAGGACCUGUGAGAUCUGUAACGCUUCAAGCAAAGAUUCCUGCAGAUACCAUUGCUUAGGAGUUGUGAAUCAAUGCAGUCCUCACAACACUAGAUUAUCAUUAACUCAAAAGUUUUAUAUGUGUAUGUCACAUACUUGUUGUAUAUGCCACAAAGUUAAUUAGUAGUGUUUGUAAGUUUGUAAUGGACACCUUGCUACAUUUAUCUUGAGCAUUGUGAGAUCCAGUCUGGUAACUCUGACUAAACUUCCUGCCUUGGAGUCAUGUCAAGCCUUCAGACAGUAUUAGGACUUGCAGUUCCAAAGUGAUGGCAGUUAGUCAUCUCUGCCACCAGCCUAAUUUUAUAGAAAUUAUAUAAUAUUUAAAUGAGCAUAUUAUCACUUACAAUCAUAUAUAUUUGCUAAUGUACAAAUGGCAACCAGCUGAUGUUCACAUCUUGUUUGAAAGAAACUGCUAUUGCUAUUUUAUUGUUGAUGAUUUUUAUACUCUCAUUUAUUAGGGUUUGACAGCAAAAAAUAAUUGCACAAAAUUACAUGCAUUUUCUUCCAUCUAAUUUGAGCUGAAAAUUGUGUUACUUGGGAAAUGUGUGUGUGUGUGUGUGUGUGUGUGUGUGUGUGUGUGUGUGUGUGUGUGUGUGUGUGUGUGUGUGUGUGUGUGUGCACUAAAGGAAAAUAAAGGUUAAUGUUGCACAAUUUACAAUUAAAAAUCACGUAUGAUGUGUUUGGCAAAAAGAUUAAUUUUUUAAAUGUCAUUAUUCUGAACUGCAAGGAUUCCGAUACUUAAUCAUUAACACAAGUGUUUGUAGUCAGAAUCACACUAACAUACUGCUCCCAUUUUCAGAGUAAUCAUCUUCUGUCCCCUGCGUUCCUGGUACUCCCUAUCGAACUCAACAGGAAUAUAUAUUGAAUGCAGAACAAAAUUACAUAAAAUUAUUGGCACACUGAUCAGUUGCUGAAAGAUUACAGUAUAUAAUACAACCUCUAUGAUGAAAACAGAGCCAUCAGCCUGCUGACAAGUAGGAGGAUACCACAACCAUUAUCAUGAGUGAGAAAUUGAUGACCACAUAUGCUGGAUUUUGAUAACUUUACUAAGCAAAAGGAGGUGGAAGUAAAGGUUGCUGACCAAUGAAGAUGAAGAAAAAAAAGUUAAAUUCAAAUUAGAGCAUAUUUUCACAACUGUGAUAGCUACAGAGAACUAUGAAAUGUUCAUUUGCUUGCAAACCUGUCUCUGAUAUAAUGAAAGCAGAUCCAGACAGCAGUUGUGUACUGUAUUUUCUUCAGGACAUGUUACUGUCAAACCAUUAGUAAUCCAUGUCUUGCAAAAAAAAAAAAAAAAAAAAAUCCUUGCUGAUUUA